AAGGGCCCAUUGGAUUCUUAUUUUCCUUUCAUUCGCCUCCCUUCUCAAGUGCUCAAGUGCUCAAGUGUUGCUGGGCUUCUGUCGGUCAGGAUGAUGCCUCUCAGACCGUCAAAGACCGCUCUGCGCGCCAUUCACCUCCAGAGGCAGCUUGCCUCUGGUCGUCGGCCCUUCUCGACCUCGUUCGUGGCUUCGGCUGCUUCGCCCCACCGCUCUUCUCCCCAGAAGCGUGCUCAGAGUACCGUCACGGCGACUUCUGACACUAGGCCCGUGCCCAGCCCUGCUUUCAACCAAGAACCUCACCGCAAUGAAAUUUCGCCUCUGCAGAACCGCCAGCUCCCCGAGCUUGAUGACUCGAUGGUUGGUAUGAGCGGUGGUGAGAUCUUCCACGAGAUGAUGCUCCGCCUCGGCGUGAAGCAGAUCUUCGGUUACCCCGGUGGUGCCAUUCUCCCCGUGUUCGAUGCCAUCUACAACUCAGAACACUUCAACUUCGUCCUCCCCAAGCACGAACAAGGUGCCGGUCACAUGGCCCAGGGUUACGCCCGUGCUUCUGGCAAGCCUGGUGUCGUUCUCGUCACCUCUGGCCCCGGUGCUACCAACGUCAUUACUCCUUUGCAGGAUGCCCUGUCUGAUGGUACUCCCAUGGUCGUCUUCUGUGGUCAGGUGCCCACCAGCGCCAUUGGUACCGACUCCUUCCAAGAGGCCGAUGUUAUUGGUAUCUCUCGUGCCUGCACCAAGUGGAACGUGAUGGUCAAGUCCGUUGGUGAGCUGCCUCGCCGCAUCCAGGAGGCCUUUGAGAUCGCCACCAGCGGUCGCCCCGGUCCUGUCCUUGUCGAUCUGCCCAAGGAUGUCACCGCUGGCAUUCUGCGCAACCCGAUUCCCAUGCGCAGCACUAUCCCCUCUCUCCCCAGUGCUGCCACCGUGGCUGCUCGUGAGCUGAGCCGGAAGCAGCUCGAGAACACCAUCAGCCGUGUGGCUCGUCUCGUCAACAUGGCUGAGAAGCCCAUUCUCUACGUUGGUCAGGGUCUUCUUGCUCGCCCCGAUGGCCCUGAGAUCCUCAAGGAGUUUGCUGAGAAGGCGAACAUUCCCGUCACCACUACCCUCCAGGGUCUGGGUGGCUUUGACGAGCUGGACCCAAAGGCUCUGCACAUGCUCGGCAUGCACGGUUCCGCGUACGCCAACAUGGCCAUGCAGGAGGCCGAUCUGAUCAUCGCCGUUGGUGCCCGUUUCGACGACCGUGUCACCCUUAGCAUUCCGAAGUUUGCCCCCCAGGCAAAGGCCGCCGCUGCGGAGGGCCGUGGUGGUAUCGUUCACUUCGAGAUUAUGCCCAAGAACAUUAACAAGGUCGUCCAGGCUACUGAGGCUGUCGAGGGUGACUGCGCCGAUAACCUCCGUCUGCUCCUGCCCCAGAUUAAGGCCGUUGCUGAGCGUCCUGAGUGGUUCGCCCAGAUCAACGACUGGAAGUCCCGCUUCCCUCUGUCCCUCUACGAGCGCCAGACCGCGGAGGGCACCAUCAAGCCCCAGGCUGUCGUUGAGAAGCUGAGCGAACUCACCGCUCACAUGAAGGACAAGACCAUCAUCACCACCGGUGUCGGUCAGCACCAGAUGUGGGCUGCUCAACACUUCCGCUGGCGCCACCCUCGCACCAUGAUUACCUCUGGCGGUCUUGGUACUAUGGGUUUCGGUCUUCCCUCGGCUAUUGGUGCCAAGGUUGCCCGUCCAGACUGCCUGGUCAUCGAUAUCGAUGGCGACGCCUCCUUCAACAUGACUCUGACCGAGCUUUCCACCGCUGCUCAGUUCGACAUCGGUGUCAAGGUUCUCCUGCUGAACAACGAGGAGCAGGGCAUGGUCACUCAAUGGCAGAACCUGUUCUACGAGGACCGUUACUCUCAUACCCACCAGCAGAACCCCGACUUCGUUCCCCUUGCCCGUUCCAUGCGUGUCGCCGCCGAGCGUGUCUCUAAGCCCGCUGACCUUGAGGCUAAGCUGAAGUGGCUGAUUGACCAGCCCGGCCCUGCCCUUCUUGAGGUCAUCACUGCCCGCAAGGUCCCUGUCCUUCCCAUGGUACCUUCCGGCCGUGGUCUCCACGAGUUCCUGGUUUACGACGAAGCCAAGGAGGUUGAGCGCAAGGAGAUGAUGAAGAAGCGCAAUGCCCCCACUGAAGUCAACCUGCGCGAGUAAAUCCGCAACACGAGUGGCUGGACGGUAUCCUAGCCACACACGAAGCCCAUCCAUCUUGACCGUCACUUAUUUUUACCGUUGAUAUCCAUGGCGUUUUCCUGGCGGGUCCACCAAAAGCGAUUGGGAAAAAAAAUCAAUUAGUUGAACUCGACAAUCCUCUUAGCACCAAAAACCACCGCCUUCCCCCUUCCCCUCCCUACAGACCGGUAUGGCAAAAAGCUUCACUUCGGUAGUCUUGUGAAAGGGCUAUCGACUGUUUGAGUGGGGACAUGAAGCUCCCUGUUAUGAUGACCUGCAUUUUGAUCGUUUCGUCGUCUUCGGGUUCUCUCUGCAUUCCAACUUUGCCGUCAAUUUCUUUUCAUUUCGUCCCGUGUGUAUAUAAUGUUCAUGUGUUUCUUUUUGAGUCAUAGCUCGUGAUGGGAGAUGUGCCGUUUCGGAUGCUAUGUUAUUGGAGCCAGUAGUCACUGAAGACAUAUCAAAUUUUCACGCCACCUAUUCUACCACUUGCUACUGAAAUAUCUGACAGAAGCCGAGAUUCAAGUUCGAGUAAAGAUGUAGUCAACCCCAUGGU